AUGGACCCAGACCCUGCUCGCACGCUGAGCCCCGACCCUGCUCGGACGCUGAGCCCCGACCCUGCUCACACACGGAACCCCGACCCUGCUCGCACGCGGAGCCCCGACCCUGCUCGCACGCUGAGCCCCGACCCUGCUCGCACGCUGAGCCCCGACCCUGCUCGCACGCUGAGCCCCGACCCUGCUCACACACGGAGCCCCGACCCUGCUCGCACGCUGAGCCCCGACCCUGCUCGCACACGGAGCCCCAACCCUGCUCGCACGCUGAGCCCCGACCCUGCUCGGACGCUGAACCCCGACCCUGCUCGCACACGGAGCCCCAACCCUGCUCGCACGCUGAGCCCCGACCCUGCUCGGACGCUGAGCCCCGACCCUGCUCACACACGGAACCCCGACCCUGCUCGCACGCGGAGCCUGGACCUUUAUUUAGAGACAGUCCAUUAA